UAUUUAUUUUUUCAAUUUUCAAUACUCCAGCUAGCACAGUCAUAGAGAUCAACAAGCAAAGCAAACACAAAAUUUAUGCAGCUUUAGAUCACCAAUCUCUCACUCUAUUUCCUCUAUGGAAUGGUAGAUUUGAGUUGAAGAGGUUCCACAUUGGUAAGAUCUUGGUCUCUCACAAUGGGUAAAUCGCCUGGAAAAUGGAUCAAAACGGUACUGUUUGGGAAGAAGUCGUCCAAAUCAAAUAUACCAAGAGGAAGAGAGAAGCUUGUUAAUCAAAAAGAAGGAGUUGUUACUUCCAAGGUUUCAGAAACUGGUUUGGCUUUAGAGCCAACUGUCAAUACUAUUCCCAGACACGAGGAAGAGCUGGAGCUGGAGAGUAGAGAAGCAGAAAAUGUUUUGCCUGGGAAUCAAGAAAUUGACACAGUGGGACCUGUACAUCAAGAUGCACCACUUGAUCCAGAAAUAUUGAGGCAGGAGGAAGCAGUUACGAAAGCACAAGCUGCUUUCAGGGGUUAUUUGGCUCGGCGAGCAUUUAGAGCCCUUAAAGGCAUAAUAAGGUUGCAAGCACUUAUUCGUGGGCACCUGGUAAGAAGACAAGCUGUUGUUACAUUAUGCUGUAUGUAUGGAAUUGUCAAAUUACAAGGACUUGUUCGUGGACAAAAAGUUAGACAGUCUGAUGUUGGAUUUGAAAUUCAUGAGAAGUUCAAUCUAUUAAAGCUUCAGGAUGACAAACCUGUCAAGCUUAUUGCUAUAUCUGAUAAAAUUCUGAAGCUGUCAGCCAAUAAUUUCAUCCGAAAGCUUAUUGCUUCUUCUACUACAAUAAUGGCCCUGCGUUUGCAAUAUGUCCGCGGUGAUCCAAAUUCAGUCCUAAGUUGGUUGGAGCGCUGGUCAGCAUCUUGGUUUUGGAGGCCAAUUCCCCAGCCCAAGAAAAUCCGGGAUACUAAGUCCCAGAAAAAGCAGGGUAAUAUUGCAACUGGUGAUGCUCAAACAAGCAAGUCAAAACGGACCCACAGGAAGCUUUCUACUUCAAAUUUUGAUCCAGCCCCAGGACAAGCCAAUCCUGAAUUUGAAAAACCAAAACGAAAUGUAAGGAAAUUUCCAAGCCAGCCUUCUGAUCCUGUGCUGGAAAAUCCCCAAAUUGAGCUUGAGAAGAUUAAGCGAAACUUGAGAAAGGUUCAUAACCCAGUUGUUGAGACUUCAGUUCUGUCAGAAGUUGAAUCUGAGACUCAGAAGCCAUAUCUGGAAAAAGAAACAGUUGCCUCAAAUGUUGUUGUUUCAGAACAAGCAGUCACCAGUUCUAAUGAAAGAAUCAAGAAGGAAGCAACAAAAAUCAUUUCCAGUGAGCCGGAUAUCGGAAUUACUGCUGGAGACUUAAUUAAUAAGGAGGUGUUUGACACUCCAACCAGUUAUCAGGUGAAUGUAGAAUCAAAGCCCUUGACAGAUAUUACAAGUAAAGAUAAAAACGUUUCUGAUGAUGACAUUAAAAAUGAGUCCAUAGAUUUAGUAGAGACUAGCAAAGAUGAAAAUUCUCACUUAACCAAUGGUGGUUUGAGUCACAAGGAAGAUCAAACAGGCAGUGAAAAUCAGAAACCAAUCCGAAAAGCCUCAAUUGUAGCUAAGCAGGAACGUGCAGAGAACGGUUCGCAUAAUAGUCCGACAGUACCGAGUUAUAUGGCAGCAACUGAAUCUGCCAAAGCAAAAUUGAGGGCUCAAGGAUCCCCCAAAAUUGGACAAGAUGGAAGUGAGAAAAUCAACAAUGCUCGGCGACAUUCUCUUCCAUCUUUAUCUAACAGCAAAAUCAGUUCGCAUUCACCUAGGACACAGAGGCCAGUUCAUUCAGGUGGUAAAGGGGCCCACAAAAGUGACAAAGCUGUAUCUUCUGUGGUUGGAAAUGGAAAGGUAGUUCAAGCAGAAUGGAAGAGAUAAUUUGAGGAAGACUGGUUUCCGAAGUUGACAUGAAGACGUUGAAACUUGUGAUGUUAAUGUGUUAUCUUCGAUGGAAAUUGACCGAACUAUAGGUGUGUGUCAUCAGAUUUUUCUUCACUUGCUGCAUUUUGGCAUUUGAGAGUGAUUUGUAAAUCAUAGGUUUUUAGUUUUGCAUGAAGCAACUAUACCCAAAUUUAUGUCCUGUUUGUUUUAGAAUAUUAUUUCUGGGCUGUUUAUAUUGUUUGUUUCCCUCCCCUGAAGUGUGUGUAUGGUCUAAACACGUACCUUCCUAGGUGUUACAACGAACUCUGUGUGCUUCAAAUAUCGACCUAAAUAUUUUAUGGUAACAUGAAUUUGCCCCUGCAA